UCCAGGCAUCCUCGUUCCCCAACGGCCCAACCCAACUUGUACAGGCGGGGCUCUUCUCCACCUCCCUCCGCACCCAAGAACACGCUGCCUGCCUCGAUCCAGACCCCACCGCCGCGUCUCCUCUUCUUUCUCCCGUAGGUGUCCUGGUUCCCACCUUCCCUGGACGCCGCCGGCGGGGACCCUAUCCGGACUUCGGUUGAUCUAAUCUUUCCUGAGGGAGGUUGUGAUCGUAAGGCAUAAUGGAGUUCCCAGUUGCGGAUCCGGGACCAGAAAGAGGUGAAGGUUCGCUCCUCCAAUGCCCCUACUGCGAUUCGGAGGCAAUGCACAAGCUGGCACAGAUCUUGCUACCCGGCCUGGCUGCUGUGUGCGUCGACAACACGACGGGUGAUCUGUUCAGGAAGCCGUCCAUUGUCGCUGUCGACCUAAGGAAGGAGAUGGUGGACUAUGUCAUGCAGAGGAGCGAGACGUUCAUUUCCGACGCUCUGAUUGAAUCAGAGGCGAAUCAGGACCCCAAGAACGAGAUGCCGGAGGACCCUUUUGAGAUCAUUUCGAUAUUUAUGGAUGAUUUCAGCAGCAUGAAGAGGAACAUCAUUGGCCAUGUCUCUGGGUGGCUGUUGAGCGACAGCCGUGAGGACAAGAUCGAUGACUUUGUUCAGGAGAUGGAGAUGACCCGAUUCUGGCCGCUGGAGAGGAGGGAAGUUAUCGCUGAGGUCCUCCUCAAGAAUGUGGACCUGAAGACCAAGUUUCACUGCCCUGAGAAGUAUGAAAAUGAAGAGCGGCUUGCUGAUCAUAAGGGACAAUGUAGCUUCAGACCAGUUACUUGCCCAAAUGAUGGAUGCCGGGCGACAGUUUCUGUCUGUUGCAUGCAAAAUCAUGAUUCAGGUUGCCCAUUCAAGGUCCUUCUCUGCGAGCAGAACUGCGAGAAGCACCUCUUGAGGCGUGAUAUGGAUAGGCACUGUGUCACCGUCUGUCCCAUGAGGCCCAUGAAGUGCCCUUUUGGUUGUGAUUCCUCAUUCCCAGAGCGUAAUCUUGAGGACCACUGUUUGGAAUUUCUUCAACCACAUUUGCUUAAGGUCCUUAAGGUGAUUAACAAGAAAGGCCUUACAGCAGAAGAGCUGAAGGAGUGUGCUCUACUGCUGGAAAAGAAUGAUGACCUUGGUAAACUGGCUAAAGCUCGGGAUACAAGAUCUCUUACUAAUGUUGUGAAGGAUCUCGAAGCGAAGAUGAAAGGUACCAUUGGUCAUGGCAUGUUCGAAAGGAGAAUUAGCAUCACGUAGUUGCAACUGAUCACACUCAAAUCAUUACCUAGUUGUCUCCAUAAUACCUUAGUACCGUAACUGGCUAUUGCUCAGUUAAACAAUUUGUAGUUGUUUUGUCAAAUGUAUCGGGUCCUAGUUUGAGACAUUAUGCUUACUUUCCGCUUAUGAAUAUUAUGUCUGUGGUGUAUUUGUAUU